GUAUUAUCUCGAAGUAACCGCACGUGUUUAAUUUAAAUUUAUUGCGAAAUUUGAAUUUCCCGCAGUGACAGUUUUUUUAAAUUUUUAAAUAAACACUUUGUGUUUUGGUUUUACUUAAUGACCCUCAGUGCAUACGUACACUCACUUGGAUUACGCGUGUGUGUGGAUAAUAAAUAGUUGGAUAUACAUAUGGUGUUACAAUUAAUAGUGAUUAGAUUUAUCAAAUGUGUGGAUUUAAUUAUUGGAUAUGUAAAUUCACGGAAGAGUGUUACGUCGAUGUGACGUUUGUGAGAGUUUAAAAAUUUUUGAGUUACGGAUAAACAGUAAAGAAGAUUUAGACAUAAUAAUUAUUUAAAUUUAAAAAAUAUUAUAUAUAUAUAGAUAUAUAUAAAGUAUAUUUAUCAAAAUGGAUCUAGGAGACAGGGUUUAUGCCGCUGAACGGAUCACCAAGAAGAGAGAAAAGCGGGGUAAGAUAGAGUACUUCGUCAAAUGGAAGGGAUGGAGUAAAAAAUACAAUACAUGGGAGCCAGAAGAAAAUAUAUUGGAUGUAAGGCUGAUAGAGCUUUACGAAGAGAGUCAAAGGGGAGGCGACGUUGUUACAAGAAGACCCAGAAGGCGUGACACAAGAUACAACGUAAGAUACUGCUCUUUGUUGGAUGAUGAAAUAGAUGAAAAAGAAACAAGUACCAACGUGACUACUUUACAUCAACAGGAUCAGGUUUUGGCAAAUCUCGUGGUUGAAGAGGAGCCUGGUGGUGAUGAAAGAGCCGGUGAGGAUAGUCAAGAUGAAACUGGUAGUACUUCAGCAGUAGUAGCAGCACCACGUCGUUUAAAUUCAGUAACAACCGCUGUUGCUGCUGCUACUGCUGAUGACGAUACAUUACCUAGUUCACUUGAUGGUCAUGAGUCGCCAUCACCACCAAAAUUGUUGUCAUCAGCCGCAGCGGCGUCAUCCUUUGGCGUUGAUUCCGACAGUUCUAAUAGCAGCGUUGACAUUCCAUUGUUACCAAGAAGAGAGCCCGCUGGUACCAAGAGGAAAGCCGAGGUAUUGAGUAAGGAAUCAGGUAAAAUCGGUGUCACCAUCACGACCAGUCCAAGCAGCGGAGGCGGGAGUCCACCACCACCAGCCAACAAAAUACCAAGGCUACUUCCUAUUAAGUCUAACUCAACACCCUAUCACAAUCACAAAUUAAACGGCAGAAGACCCUCGUCUUCGAGUGUUAAAUCAACACCCGAAGAGCCUCUGCCAGCCGUACCAACUACUCCAGCACCAGCUGUACAGGACAAAAAACGACCAGAGGCUGAUGUUCCUCACGGACCACCACCUUCACUACCUCGGGCACAACCUGCCCCGCUAUCACCAAGAAUAGACACUCCUCUAGAGCAAGUCGAGCACAAGCCCAAGAAGAGGCCGCUUGAAAAAACAGACAAGUCCAAUGGUACUGUCGCAAAUGGUGCCAAUGGACACAAGUCUCCCAGUCCUACAGAUGCGUACACCAACAACAACAGGUUAACGCCUAUUGUCAAUGGUCAUCAUGGUCACAAUAAUAAUAUUAAUACUAGUAUUAAUAAUAAUAAUAAUAAUACGAAUAAUAACAAUAAUAAUAAUAAUAAUAAUAAUAAUAACGUUAGUAAUAUAAAUAAUAAUAAUAAUAAUAAUAGUAUGAGUAUAAAGCAACCGGAAAUAAUAAAAUCAGAUUUGUAUAUUCCAUUGAGUAGUCCAGGUACUGAUUACUGGCACGCGAGAAACCCCGUUGCUGAUCAGGUAUUUAUUACUGACGUGACGGUAAAUCUUAAAACCGUCACUAUCAGGGAAUGCAAGACUGAAAAAGGAUUCUUUCGUGAACGAGAUCCUAAGAGCGAUAUUUAUUAAAUAUAAAUAUAAAUAAAAAAAAAAAAAUAUAUAUAAAGAUACAGUCUUAUUGUAAAUAUAAAUUAUUUUCACACAAAUAUACUUGAUCAUUGAACAAAGUAACGGCUAUGAUAAUAUAUAUAUUUUUUUUUGUCAAUUGAUUUAAGUAUUUAAAUAAAUAUGUGGCCAGAUAUUAACAAAAACAAAGUAAAUAAUUAUUUUAUAUGGUCUGGUUUAUGGAAAUAAAUUAAUUGGUCAUAAAUCAGAGCUCUGUAAAUAUGAGUAGGCUUGAUAGUCUUUAGAUUGCGGGUGAUCUGGUAAAUUUAUAUCGUAAUUUUAUAAAUAAUUAUUAAUUACUAUUGUAAAUUAUAUUUUUAUUGUCAUAAAUACGCAGUUAUUAUUUUAUUUAAACGGGUAAAUUAUUUGACGUGAUUCUUUUUAAAUUGUAAACUUGAAGGUAAUAUUCUUUAGUUUAUUUGGCUGUUAAGAAGAAUUACGUAACGUAAAUUGUUUCAUUUUUAUUACUUUAACUAAUAGAUUUAUUCAUUAAUGGGAAAUAACGUUCGGGUAAAUUAGCAAAGUUCAUGCUAACGAUUACCGAUGGUUUUUUUUGUUGAAAUUUAAACUGUAUCCGCUUAGAUGUUAAAAAAAAGGCAGUUAUCGUUUGUAAAUUUUUUUAAACGUAAGUUGGUUUUGCAGUUUUAUUAAAGUUUGUUAGUUUUUUUUUUUAUUAAAAUGAGGGGCAUAAAUAUGAAGUAGAGAAUUAAUAAAUAUUUCUUUUAAUCACGUUAUGUUUUUUUUUACAUAAUUUUAACCGCCUUGUAAUAUUGGGCUGAAGUUUGCCGACGUCUAAUAAUUUUUUAAUUUUUUUUUUUUUAAAGAAAUUACAAAAAAAAAAUAGUUGAAAAAAUUGCACAUGUAGUUUUUUUAAUUUUCUGAAUGUGCAUUUUUUUUGUAAUUGAAAAAAAAAAUCUAAAAAUUGUUGAUUGUCUGUCAGUUUUGGGAUCACGUAUGAGUGUGAAUGCUCUGAUUAAAUGACUGAAUUCGAGCGAAUUAAAAAUUUUAAUUCUGUUAUAUUCUGUCGAAUUCCGCAAAACAGAAUUUAACUGAAUUGAAAAUUUGAAUUUGAAUUAAACAGAAUAAAACCGAUUUAAAAAUUUCAAAUUCGUUUUAAUUCAGUUCAAUUCGGAUUCAGAACCAGAAAUUGGAGAAUUAUUUUCGAAUUAAUCAGAAUUAAACCGAAUAGAAUUAUUUAAAUUCGUUUUAAUUUGGAGAAAUUCUAGUUUUCCUGCCGAAUUAGACAGAAUUCACUUUUAAGUUAGGUACCGAAUUAACAGAAUUUAUCUGAAUUAAAUAGAAUUAAAAAUUUUAAUUCUGUUAUAUUCUGUCGAAUUCCGCAAAACAGAAUUCAACUGAAUUGAAAAUUUGAAUUUGAAUUAGAAUAAAACCGAUUUAAAAAUUCAAAAUCGUUUUAAUUCAGUUCAAUUCGGAUUCAGAACCAGAAAUUGGAGAAUUAUUUUCGAAUUAAUCAGAAUUAAACCGAAUAGAAUUAUUUAAAUUCGUUUUAAUUUUGACAAAUUCUGGUUUUCCUGCCGAAUUAGACAGCAUUCAUUUUUAAGUUAGGUACCGAAUUAACAGAAUUUAUCUGAAUUAAAUAGAAUUAAAAAUUUAAUUCUGUUUAAUUCGAUCGAAUUCAGUUUAAUCAGGGUGUAGCAGACAGAAAAUUUCAAAAUUAUUAACGAAUAGAGUAAAUAAUUAAUAAAAUAAAAUUUUCAAAAAAUGCGCAUUUAAAAAAUUUUCAAAUUAGUGCAUUUUUUUUUUAAUUUACUGUUUAUUUAUAAUUUUGAAUUUGUCUGAUGUCUGCCACUCGUUAAUAUUCACUUUCUUUUCGUUCAUUUGUUAUCACGGUGAGAAAGAAAAAAAUAAAAUAGUAGAUUACAUACCUAGGGCAGUAGAUAAGAAAAGUCUCUGAUCACAUGUAAAUGUUGGCCGAGGCUGACAAACAUGUGGUCUAAGGCUUUCUUUUUUUACCUGCCAAGGUGCGUAUACCAUUUUUCUGCUCGAUGGACCCGGAAAGUUGCAACUUCUUUCAGGGCAGCGGUUUCCGACCGGAGGGCAGAAAAAAAUAUUGUAAAUUUAUUUCUUUAUGUUGUUAUUAAUAUCAGUGAUUUAUUGAUCUUUGAGAUCGGAAUAUAAGUCUUCGUAAAGUUUAAUUAAAUUAAUAAAAAAUAAUAAGCAUAUCUUAGAAAAAGUUUUAAUACAAUAACCAAAUUGUUAUGGAAUAUGUACUCAGAUCAUUACUAUUUUUAUUAUUAUUAUUAUUAUUAUUAUUAUUACUAUCAUUUUAUUUAUAUAAUGUGUGUAAUGUACACAUGCAGAACCAGUGAAUCCGUGAUAUAGAUGAUUAUAAAUAGAUAUUGUACAUGCUGACAAAACAGAAAAAAAAAACAACAACUGCAUCUUGCUUAUUUAUUAUCGCAAAGUUUUAGAAUUAUUAAAAUAUAUUGUAAUUUAAUUAUUUAUAUUUAGUACUAGAAGUUGAUGGUUUUUAUUUUUAUUAAUUAUAUAUAUAUAUAUAUAUAUAU